AUGCUCCGUUCUCUCCCUCUCCAGUUCCCCCGACGCCUGUUUUCCGUCUCCGCAAAAAUGGCCUCCGCUACCCCGAUGGAAGACCUCAUGCGCGACAAGAUCGUUCACGCGUUCACUCCUUCGACGCUCAUAAUUCGCAACGAUUCUCACAAGCACGCACACCAUGCUGCCAUGCAGGGAGCCACGUCAAAAGAGACACACUUCCAGUACGAACCCAACAUUUCCUUGAUUAUCCCCGCGAUCAAGAAUAGCCCUGUCACGAUUACUUCUGACUCUUUCGAGUCGAAAAUGCAGCCAGCGCGGCAUCGGAUGGUCUAUGCCUUGUUGAAGGAGGAGAUGAGCCAGGAGGGCGGUAUCCAUGCGUUGCAAUUGAAGACGAAGACGCCCGCAGAGGAGCAGCGGGAGAAGGAGAGGGAAGGCCAGGCAUAG